AUGGACAACGUUCGCCAGGGGCACGUGGUUGAUGCCAGUCUGGCAUACCUACAGAGGCUCGAGGAUGAGAUGCGAGUUCUGAACGGGACACAACUCGUUUCAUCCGACAGCAGCACCCUGGGAUCCCCGAGCGCUAGGAAACGAAGGCGACUAGAGAGUUCAAGCGAGGGCGAGGGCAAAACUUCCAAGAAGACCAGGAUCACCUCUGCUAGCCAGAACAGUGUUGUUUUUGGCCCCGCAGAGCCUCCCCGUCAUGACAGGUCGCGGCAGCUCCCAGCGGAGUUGUGGCAUCACAUCUUUUCCUUUCUCUCGCCGGUUACUCUGGGGCGCUGUCUGCGUGUCAACCGGCUGUUCCACAAAUACCUCGAUCCUGUCUCGCCCUUCAUCUCUACUUCUGUGAUGCACGUGCCUACCACUCGUAUAUUGCCUACACUGCCCCCAGACGCCAUCUGGCGAGCGUCCAGAUGUCUUCACUGGCCAGCCAUGCCCGCGCCGCUCAAAGGAAAGUUUGAAUUGGAUAUGUGGCGGUUUGCCUGUACCCGAUUUUGCCAAUUCUGCGGCCAGCUGGAUAAAGCCUACAAUACCACUGAGGAUUCUUCAAAGCCCCGCAGACCUGGCAAUACCACUGUAUCGCCUAUCUUUCCUUUCUUCAUCAAUACGUGCGGGAACUGUUUGAUUGGAAAGAGCAUCAAGGAACUUGACUUCUAUCUAUCAACAUCAAGACCAUCGCUCAUCUCAUCGGGGCUUCCUAUGGUUUUUCUGACGCCUGAUAUGAAUGUAAUCUCCCCUCAAGAAUUGCGAAGCAUCCCAGGGGCCAUUACCCCUCUUCAGUUGACAAAAGUGUAUUGGCCUGCCCAAGUGGAGAGGCUUCAGGAAGAGUUUGAAGAAGUCAAGCGAUUUGGCGUUGCAGCUACUGAAGAGUGGAAAAAAGGCUUAGAAAUUCGAGGCAUUGAACAACUUCAUGACGCUUCCCGAUGGGAUAGGUGGCUCCUGUCAGGAGGUGUCCGCCAAAUGCGCAGACAUUCGACUCAGCCGACGCCUACUGCUGCUAACAAGCCGGAACGGAUAGGGAAAAAAGGUUCGGAAAUUGCUAAAACUCUGCAGAAGCAGCGACAGGAUGUUGAGACUACUGUACGAAUUCACAUCUCCAACCUCGCAGAUGAGGUCAUAGACAGCUGGGUUAAGGGACGCAUCGUCAAGAAGGGAAAUUGCGCAGACUUCGCCGCGGAGGUGUUGGCAUACGUCCGCAAACAGUUCUAUAAGGACGGAGCGAGGGCCGUUUCCUUGACGCGAGGACUAACUCUCGACGAUAUGAAAUGGGUGUUCGAUCAUAAAAUUGGGCCACAUACGAACCAUCUCCAGAAGGACUUUUUUCGCUGCAAAGAAUGCCCGAGCCCGAGUAAAAAGCGUUACGGCCUUCAAGCUAUCCUACAACAUUAUGCUAUGAAGCACCGCUCAAAGAAGUUGAAGAGCAUGACUAUGCUUUGGAAAACGGAGUGGCCUGAGGAGCCUCCAUUCACGUGCUCAGCAUCUGUCAGCUCAAAUCUAACAAUGCCUGGUGUGCCUGAGGCAAGCAGACACUUGGAGGAAACAUACUACGUGGGAGAACGCCGCGAGCACGCCCCCCAUGCGAUAGAAACACCAGCCCCUGUCAUGGCUUCGCAAAGAGAACAAAGCCACGCCAGUGGUUACCAACAACCGAUGUCCACGGCCUUCUACCAGUCCUACGACAUUGUUGACGUGCGGAAUUUACCGAAUGGCUACUACAUUCAAUAUCCCGCCAUCUUCCACGACUACAGAAUUCCCUCUAAUGCUAGUUACUCCAACUAUACCAUCAGGGAAUCGCACAACAAUACUGGAGCCUUAUCACAGGUUUAUAAUGUUUAUGAGUCACGAGAUCCAUUGGCCAAUAGAAGAUUGGGAGGUUGGGAAUAA